AUGCUUCGCAGGAAGGUCGAUGGUGAAAUUACCGUUUUUCCACUGAAGCCAAAGAUAUAUGAUCUGGACCGAGCAGAUCAUAAGGGUCCGAAGAGACUCUACUGUAAGAACGGAGGAUACCUUCUCCGCAUACUGCCCAACGGAGUUGUGAAUGGCAGCCGUCAGGAGACCGACAUUUACACUCUACUGAAAAUAAAAGCCGUCAGUCCCGGCGUGGUGGUAAUCCAAGGGGUUGAAACCGGACAUUUUCUAGCCAUGGAUAAAGGCGGACAUGUUUAUGCAACGUUAACCCUCAAGGAUGAGUGUUAUUUCGUGGAGAAGUUGGAGGAGAACAACUACAACACUUACAGGGCACAGUGGAACCAGGAGAAGAACUGGUAUUUGGGAAUAAAAAAGAAUGGAGAAAUGAAAAAUGGCUCAAAUACCCAUAAGGGCCAAAAUGCAAUCCUCUUCCUGCCUCUACCAGUAGAUGGCAGCAUUUAG